AUGGCCCUGCUGGACCACCGGAUAGUCGGCAACCGUGUCGGGCUCACCGUGCUCCGGUCCGCCAUGGUGCUCGACCUGGUGGCGCUCAUGGGGGCCUUCGCCGCAGGGAGCUGCCGCAACGUGCGCUUGUCCGUCUACGUCCCGGCGGCGUUCGCCGUGCUGAUGGCGUACGUCGCAAUCCACCUCCUCGUGGCUGCCUCCCCGCUGAAGAGUGGCCACGCGGGCCAUUCGGACGCGGAGGAGGGCCGCCUUAAAGGACGGUGGAAGCUCCCUCUGCUGCUGGCCACCUUCGUGACGCCACUGACCUACGGCGCGGGUCUGGUGCCUCCAGGCGGGUCCUGGUUCGACUCGGGCAAUUUUCGGGGGCAGGUCGCCGGCGACCCGAUGCUGCAGCGCAUCUACCCCCUCCGCUACUUCUUCUUCUUCUUAUGCAACCCAACGUGCUUCGUGUCGUCCCUCGUCAUCAUUACCCUGCUCUUGAGCAGGUCGCUGAGUGGCCGUGUCGCCCGGUCGUACGCGCUGCAGGUCUGCGUCCUAGCGGAGCUUCUCUGCCUUAUGGGCGCCUACGCUGCUGGGAGCCCCAGGUUUUUAGCGCAGACGGUGCACAUCAUCUUCCUCGCCGGGUUGAUGCUCGUGAUCAUUGCCCUCGUCGGAAAAUUCUCUAUGGACAGAGUCAAGAAAUUGCUGGCACGCCGUGGCAACUUGGAGCAGGAAUCACCGCACGAGGUGGUACAUCCUGGAGUGCCAAACGAAGGCGACGGGAGCGAUGUACACAUCCUGGUAGAGUCACAGUCGCUUCUUCUGCUGCUGGCCACGCUCAUCGCGACGGUGACGUACCAGGAAGGGUUGAAUCCGCCGGGCGGCUAUUGGCGCGAUGAGGACAUCGGGGGUUUUCGUGCGGGGCAUCCGUCACUUCUCGAUGUGUUGCCAAACAGGUACAGUGCCUUCUUCCACUGCAACACGAUGGCGUUUGUGGCAUCGCUGGUGGUGAUCGUCAUCGUUCAGAGCAAACGACUGCUCAUGUCGGGAGCCGCCAUCAGGCUCCAGGUGCUGCAGGUGGCCAUAGUACUGAGCCUAUUUGGCCUCAUGGGCGCAUACACUGCCGGGAGCUGCCGGGACAUCGCCACCACCAUCUAUAUCUCCGCCUUGGCUGUCGCCAACGUGGUGGCGUUCAUCAUACUGGGCAGCGGCAGCAAGCGGUCGCUCUGGGUGGAGGCCACGGUCUACAUGGGUCUAAAGAAGUUGCACCUCUUAGACGAUGAUCAUGAUGACCAAGCCCAAUCCAAGAGAGAGGAGGUGCACAGCCUCAAGAAGAAGCGCAAGUCUUUGCUUCAGCUGGCGAUCCUCGUAGCCACUGCCACGUACCAAACCGGGCUCAACUCCGCGGGUGGGUUCUGGGAGGUGGGCUAUGCCUUCUACUUCAAGAAACACCUCACUGAUACACUCCUCCUUGGCUACGACCCGAGAAGGUACCUAGUGUUCUUCUACUGCAAUGCGGCGGAGUUCAUGGCCUCUGUCGCUGUUAUCCUCCUCCUGGUGAAUCGGCGGCUGCACAAGCAGAGCAUACGGAGUAACGUGCUCCAGGCCUGCAUCAUGAUUGGAUUUAUGGCCCUCAGAACUGCCUACACCGUGGGGAGCACCCACAGAGUGAGCACCUCCAUCUAUGUCUAUGGGCUUGUGGCCGCCGUCAUCGCCUACGUUGCCCUGCAACUUCUACCACUCCUUUUUGCGAGGUGCGUCGGGCGGCCGACCGCGCCACGGCUUCCCGCGUCGCUCCGGAAGCUGUUUGAGCCGCUUUCGGUGAUGCCCGACGCCCACAACACCAACCUAGUACAACAACAAUAUACAGACAAGCACAUAAAGCACAAGUACAUGAUGCUUCUCGCUAUUCUCACCGCUAGCCUGACGUACCAGGCGGGCCUUGUCCCCCCUGGCGGCACCUGGGCCGAAUCUACGGGUUUCCACAUUGCCGGUGACCCGAUCAUGUUCGACGUCCAAUACUCCCGGUACGCGGCCUUCUUCUACUGCAAUGCAACGUCGUUCGCGGCGUCCGUCACACUCAUCGUCCUGCUACUGCAGCGCACGGUGAGCCGGCGUGGCGCGCUGCUCAGGGCGAUGCAGGCUGCCAUGGUGCUGGAUCUCGCUGGCCUGCUGGGCGCUUACGCGGCGGGCACCUGCUGGGUGUGGGAGCAGGUGUUCGCGUACCUGACCGCGCUCGUUGCGGCCGUGGUUGUCUAUGUCACAUUGCACGUGCUGAUGUGGCGUCGAAAACCUGCGGAUCCUGCAGCUCCGCCCACCACCCCUGAUUCUUCACAUCACCCAGUUGGCAGCAUUGUUAACGAGUUGUAG